AUGGAAGAGACUGAAAAACCUUCUCCUCCUACGAAUCGAGGUCUGGAUUCAUUGAAUGAUAACUUUCUCGAUUCAGAGCUGAAAGAGCAAAAUAUCUACCUAUCAUCCUUUGAAGAUGUUAAGUCCAAUAAAUGCCAUCCAUCAGAAAUCGAUUUUUCGUCACCCAAUUGGAAAAACGAAUUCCAAGAACGGCAAGAAUGCAUGUUUUCGAAUUACCAAGGAGAUGUCCCUAAGUCACACUCAACAGAGUACAAAGACACCUCCGACUCUCUCUAUUCGUCCAUAUUCAAAUAUGAUCGGCUUGAAAUCCAGUUAUUCUCGAACACCACGACGUUCAGCAAGCGAUUAGAAGGAUACCAACACCUCUGGCAAUUCAAGACCGUGACCACGCCCUUUCCCAAGCAAACGGACCGCAAUCACGUGAUUUACGAUGAUGACGGCGCUUGGAUGAUCAUUCCUGGAUGGCAGCAGCAUACCAGUCAUUUCACGGAGAACAUCAUUAUGGUCAAUCAUCGUGCUACGCAUCCCGAUAAAUUCCCUCCUAUGAGACACGUGUUUUUGCCGCAAUUUCGCACGGAAAAAGAGAUCAAAUGGACGAAGGGGUUCUUGGAAGCUCUGAAGAAAACGCAUCCGACCAGCGGAUCGAACGCGAUUUACUUCCAUCCCUAUGAAGAUAUCAGGAAGAUUUCGGGGAAACACGCGCUUCUCUGCUGGCGACAUAUCACGAUCAGCGGUCAUGUGAAUCAUUUUGGACGCGGCGGGUAUUUCCCUGAUCCUUUUGAAGCCGAUUAUUUGCGAGCCUCGAUGUACACUCAUUUCGAGAUCGAUGCGUAUAAAUACUAUCAAGGAGAUCACUCGUUGCUGAAGAUCUUAUACUUGCCUCGCGAUGUGAAGAGCAAUGGAAGGCAGUUGAUUAAUGUCGAUGAGAUGGAGUCAAUGAUUCGGUCGCUCAAGGUCGGAUUUGGUUGGUUGAAUCAUUAUGUGUACAAUUCAACUCUCAUUCACACGAUUCCUAUGAUCGAUCAGGUUCGUAUUACUGUCGAUUCCGAUAUUGUUCUAUCGGUUCACGGAGCUGCAGUCGCGACAAUCAUCUUCCUUCUUCCACACUCCACGUACAUCGAGCUGCGUCCGCCCAACUUCCGUGAUCCGUGGCCAUUUGCAGCAUGUGGCGAUGAACAACUUUUCGUUCCCUUUGCCUCCGGAGUGUCCCAGCAUUCGAGCCACGCUGGACCCGCUGAAAUACCAGAACUGCUGGAGGAAGGUGCAUUACGCGAAUUAUUACGUGUGUGUGGAAUGCUUGCGAACCGUGCUUCUUCAACAAUACUUCAUUAUACGUAA